AUGUCAUCAUCAUCACACCUGGACCACGCCUUAAUCAGCCUGUCAUCAUCACACCUGGACCACGCCUUAAUCAGUCGGUCAUCAUCAUCACACCUGGACCACGCCUUAAUCAGCCGGUCAUCAUCAUCACACCUGGACCACGCCUUAAUCAGCCUGUCAUCAUCAUCACACCUGGACCACGCCUUAAUCAGCCUGUCAUCAUCAUCACACCUGGACCACGCCUUAAUCAGCCGGUCAUCAUCAUCACACCUGGACCACGCCUUAAUCAGCCGGUCAUCAUCAUCACACCUGGACCACGCCUUAAUCAUGUCAUCAUCAUCACACCUGGACCACGCCUUAAUCAUGUCAUCAUCAUCACACCUGGACCACGCCUUAAUCAGCCGGUCAUCAUCAUCACACCUGGACCACGCCUUAAUCAGCCUGUCAUCAUCAUCACACCUGGACCACGCCUUAAUCAUGUCAUCAUCAUCACACCUGGACCACGCCUUAAUCAUGUCAUCAUCAUCACACCUGGACCACGCCUUAAUCAUGUCAUCAUCAUCACACCUGGACCACGCCUUAAUCAGCCUGUCAUCAUCAUCACACCUGGACCACACCUUAAUCAUGUCAUCAUCAUCACACCUGGACCACGCCUUAAUCAGCCUGUCAUCAUCAUCACACCUGGACCACGCCUUAAUCAUGUCAUCAUCAUCACACCUGGACCACGCCUUAAUCAGCCUGUCAUCAUCAUCACACCUGGACCACGCCUUAAUCAUCCUGUCAUCAUCAUCACACCUGGACCACGCCUUAAUCAGCCUGUCAUCAUCAUCACACCUGGACCACGCCUUAAUCAGCCUGUCAUCAUCAUCACACCUGGACCACGCCUUAAUCAUGUCAUCAUCAUCACACCUGGACCACGCCUUAAUCAGCCUGUCAUCAUCAUCACACCUGGACCACGCCUUAAUCAUGUCAUCAUCAUCACACCUGGAUCACGCCUUAAUCAGCCUGUCAUCAUCAUCACACCUGGAUCACGCCUUAAUCAGCCUGUCAUCAUCAUCACACCUGGACCACGCCUUAAUCAUGUCAUCAUCAUCACACCUGGACCACGCCUUAAUCAUGUCAUCAUCAUCACACCUGGACCACGCCUUAAUCAUGUCAUCAUUAUCACACCUGAACCACGCCUUAAUCAUGUCAUCAUCAUCACACCUGGACCACGCCUUAAUCAUGUCAUCAUCAUCACACCUGGACCACGCCUUAAUCAGCCUGUCAUCAUCAUCACACCUGGACCACGCCUUAAUCAGCCGGUCAUCAUCAUCACACCUGGACCACGCCUUAAUCAUGUCAUCAUCAUCACACCUGGACCACGCCUUAAUCAUGUCAUCAUCAUCACACCUGGACCACGCCUUAAUCAGCCGGUCAUCAUCAUCACACCUGGACCACGCCUUAAUCAUGUCAUCAUCAUCACACCUUAAUCAUGUCAUCAUCAUCACACCUGGACCACGCCUUAAUCAUGUCAUCAUCAUCACACCUGGACCACGCCUUAAUCAUGUCAUCAUCAUCACACCUGGACCACGCCUUAAUCAUGUCAUCAUCAUCACACCUGGACCACGCCUUAAUCAUGUCAUCAUCAUCACACCUGGACCACGCCUUAAUCAUGUCAUCAUCAUCACACCUGGACCACGCCUUAAUCAGCUGUCAUCAUCAUCACACCUGGACCACGCCUUAAUCAUGUCAUCAUCAUCACACCUGGACCACGCCUUAAUCACCUGUCAUCAUCAUCACACCUGGACCACGCCUUAA